AUGACUUCCUAUCAAGAGUUAGUGGCCGAGGGGGAGAGUAGCCCUCUGUUCACGGGCUGCUGCCCAGCGAAAGGGGUCAUAAACCGGGACCUCAGCGGCAGGGCUCAUCCUGAACUCCACAGUCGUGAUGAAGAGGGGCAACUGGAGUUUAAUUCUCCGCAUCCCUGGUACUUAACUCUCUCCAACAAUUUGGCUUUGUGCACCUCUUCAGACAGCCCACCACCCCCUCCUCCUAGUCUCGGAUGCUUUUCGAUACCGGCUUGCCCCCAGUUGUCCCGUUUCCCCUGGCGGUGCAGGGCGCAGGGGCAGAGCUCUCCAGGACGCGGGUACUGCGCAUCAAACAAUAACGACAAGAGACACUUCGGUUCUGGGUCCCUCACAGAUAAAAUUCAAAUCUGCUCUCAUAAUGGUCCCGCGGUUCACGUCGCCGUGGGAAGUUCAUCCAGCUCGGACCGUAGCGUCGCUGAUAGAAGGAGUAAAACUUUUGAGUGGAUGAGAGUGAAGAGGAGUCAGCGUCGGGCGGCCAGGUUGCACAUGACCUGUGGGUUCAGUAUUGCUGGCCCGGGCCUCGGUGCUGCGGAGGCUGGAAGCAGCAGCAGCAUCUGCACGUAUGGCCAUCCCACGGUGAACGGGGCGCCGAGGACCAGCUUCAGCACCAAGCAGCUGACCGAGCUGGAGAAGGAGUUCCACUUCAACAAGUACCUGACGCGGGCCAGGCGGGUGGAGGUCGCCAGCGCCCUGCAGCUCAGCGAGACGCAGGUGAAAGUUUGGUUUCAAAACAGACGCAUGAAACAGAAGAAAUUACAGCGAGAGGGGCUGCUCUCAGACCCGGGGCCCGCGGCUCCGCACUCAUAACGCUGACACUUUGGACACCUGCCCCUCUCAUGGACCUGCCUCACCAAAACACCUGCCCCUGAACUCCUGAGCUGCAUCGUGCGCCAGCCUGCAGAUGUUUUGAUUCGCCUGGUUUCAGUCGGGCUUCACCUUUAUUUGCUUACGAUGGAUGCUUUUUGCAAGAAGCACAGUGGCAGGUUUUCUUCAUGCAAGAACGAGUCAAAACAAUUUGUCAUCCUCCCCGGCUCCAGACUGGCGCUCUGAUUUGAAUAUUAAAAUUCAAGUCAUUCCAUUGCGCUGCUAUCAACACAAUGUAAACGGAGAUACAAAAUUAUAUUAAUUGUCCAUAGAAACGAUGGCAGGUUAUUUGUUUAAUUAUUUUGAACAAUUUAUUGAGCACCUGGCUUUACUUGAAUAUAUUAUUCCACAGGACAUGUGCUUCGUAGUGUUGUUUAAAAUAAUACAAAUGAAGUAUUUUUAUUUAUUCAAGCACUGGAUAUAUAUUUUACUGACAUAUAAAUUUAAUACACUUUUGUAACUUUUAGAAAUCACGCUUCUGCUUUCCCAGUCAAUGUCCAGGAUUAUUUAUCUGUCUAUUUCUUUAAUAAGCUGUUUGUCUGACAGCUCACAUUUGAGGAAAACAGAAACGUCACAUGCACCUGUUGUAGACAAAGUAUGAUAUGUUAGCAGAUAAUCAUGAGGCUAAUUCUGCAGAGCUUUAAUGCUUUAAUGUAGUUUAUUUUGUCCGAUAUUCAGGUUUUAAUUAUUCACCGUCCACGGAAAGAUUAAAAUGCCAUAAUUGACUGAUAGGUUUAUUGAUCGCUCGUAUUAAGAGUAUUGAUCCGUGGUGAUCCAUCUAUUGGAGGCGUAGGUCUAUAGGAGUGUUUGCAUGCAUGUGUAGCUGCAUGGUAAUGGAAUGGAGAAAUAUCACGAUCGGGAGUUGUUGCGUCUUUUAUUACCCUACAUGCAUCAGAAAAUGAUAAUUUAGCUUGAACACUCAUGCGGGAGAACAGACAAUAAAGCCCAGUCUGUACUGUUUUGCAGAUCAACCAAUAAACCGUGAGGCCCCAGCAGUUGGAGCAGCUAAAGAUUCUUUCCAAAUUCACAUUUCGUCUCAUAUAAAGUAAAUGAUUGUAAACUCGGCCCUUGAAUGCUGUUAUGUUCCCGGUGUGGCAAUGCGUUUCUAUCAUGUUAAUGUCUAUUUUAAUAUCAACAUAUGGGCCAUCAGCCACUUUAAUUCUGUGACUUUUGUUUGGCUUUCAAUUAGCGACAUUUGCACUUGAUGUAAAGUUACGGGAUCCAUAACGGAUGUUAGUAAAAAGGGAUUGAGCUUAAAGUAGCUGAGUGUUAAAAAUUAAAAGCUAUAAUCACGAUGAUUUAAAUAGAUCUGUAGCCUUAACCUUUAACAGGUGUUUUCACUGGAAUCUGGAUUGUAAAUAAGAUACGAAUAAUAAUUAUUAUAAGACAAGUGCGCCACUGCAGGGCGCAGGAGUGGACAUGGAGGCUGCAAGGCACUUUAAUGUAUGCAGUUACACCAGAGUUCACCUCUCACCUCUUGACCUUUGUCUUGCCUCGGGACAACGAUGACCCGGUCAGCGGCUCAGAGGAAGAAAGACGCACCAUUAAUAUAUGGGUGACCUCGAAGUCUGAGACUUUUCUUUCUUUCUUUUUCUUGUUUUAUAUUUUUUUGUCCCAACAAGCAACCCGGAACACUUUUGUUCUGGAUCUGUAUGUCCACACAAUAAUAUUUCAUCAAGCUGAAUAGAAAGGCAACCAGGCCAUAAUUGUUCAUAUUAUAAUUUCAUACCAGGCCAUAUAAUGCAUUUUUUUUCUACACCUAAUGCUAACCUCAUUUUUACCCUCGC